GGCUACGAAGAUUUACCUGUCCGGCAUUACACCUGAAUCGCAUGUAGUUCGCAUCCACAUCUGUCAAAAUCGAAGGAGCAUAUUUUUGGACUGACCACAUUAACAUUGGAUACAGUCAUUGGCAGUGUUGUGGUCCAAAAGGCGUCGUGUUUCAAUUUGCUUCCAGUGGAAUACAGUGUGAUAAAGUUCAUCGGAUCGGUCUGUCUGAGUAACGGGCAACGUAGAAAUUGAGUUGGUAUUAAACACAGCCGUGUUGUUUCUGACGACGAAGAAUGAACAUUCAGACCCUCCAUCUCUUAGGGGUUCUCCUCGGCGUUGCCACAAUUCUCAUCCAAACUGGAGAUGCCUUCCCAUUCGGCGGUCCUCCCAAAACGUGUGCGUAUCUCUUGGCCAAGCACGGCGGCACUGAGCCUCAGGUUAUACCAGCCCCUUACGCGCUCACUGUGACCAACAACCCGUCAAACACGGCAUACAAUCCCAAUGAUAUACUCACUGUGACCCUGAAUACGACAUCUGAUGUGGGAUUCAAAGGGUUCAUCAUGCGAGCAUACAGAAUUACUGGGGACGUCGAAGAUAACCUAGGCGAGUUCAUGACAUGGCCCGAUACAGCGAUCCCCAAAUAUUGGUACCCAGACCAAGGUGGUCCGAACUGCGUUACCCACAAAAGCAGCAGUGUGAAGAAAGAGGUCACUGUCACAUGGAAAGCCCCCGCUAAAUCUGUCGGAGACAUCAUCUUCAGCGUUGGAGUUGUGCUAUCAUAUAAAACAUUUUGGUCAAAUAUUUCAUCCAGCAUCAUCAGGGCUAAUAAACCAUCUGCAGAAAAUGCAUUUCUAUCAACGGUAUCGCUUAAUUUUGCACCUAUCGAUAUGAAGGAGUGUGGCAAGACAAAAGGAUGUCUCCUCUAUCCCCGGACGUGUUCUGGUGAAAACUGUGAAUAUGGUGUGACGUACAAGGAUGAGGGGGACACCAUCCUGUUCGAGAUGUUCGGGAUAACCGAUGGAUAUAUCUCGUUGGGGAUGUCUUACGAUAAACUCAUGGGAGACGAUGCGACCAUGGCAUGUACUGGUGAUAAUGUAGAGCAGUACGUUAGUGUCCAGAAUGGCUACAACCCAGCCUACCAAAACGAAAGACACAGAAUUGUUGGCAUCACAGACAUCCAGAUGACGCGCAAUGGUGCCACCCUGUACUGUCGUUUCCGCCGCCCCAAGGUCAUGACUUACACUACCCUCCUUGAGAAAAGGACAACAACCGGUGACGUACUCGUCCGCGCGAUCAACAAGACAUUUGAUUUCGCAGACGACUUCUACUUGUUUUUUGCCUGGGGACAUCUUUACCUUGGUACCGAUGUGUUGGGCAAACAUCGGGAGCUCCCAGUCAUUACCGAUGAGGCAGUGGACUUCCAGGAAGCCAAGAUUCAUUACGGCCAAGCAAUACCGCUGAUGAUUCAGCUUCAUGCUACUUUCAUGCUAGUAGCCUGGAUGGCCCUCGCAGGCUUUGGGAUCGUCAUCUCAAGACACUUCAAGAACGUCUUUACCAAAUUUGUAUGCGGCUCUCAGCGAUGGUUUCAGAUUCAUCGAUGGGUCAUGUUUGCAUUGUACACUCUGACCAUGGUAUCAAUGGUUUUGAUUAUUGCUUACAUUCAAGGCUGGACUAAGAUCGCUUUGCUUCACUCCAUUUUUGGUAUGAUAGCAAUAUCACUGUCGACCCUUCAAGUGGUUGCUGGCCUGCUGAGACCUGAUCCUUCAUCGAAACAUCGGCCCGCAUACAACUGGCUCCACAGAAUCUUUGGACAAAUUUCACAUGUCUGUGCAGCUGUUGCCAUGAUGUUGGCCUACAACGUGACUCUUCUGCCCGCAUUCGUCCAGAAGUGGGGAUUCAUUGUGACUGCUGUUUGGAUUGGAUUCCAAGUACUCUGGGAAAUCAUCUUCGAGAUCAUCAAGUGUUGCAACGACAGCAAAAGAUCUAAGUACAUGGCUGAUGAGGACGACAACAUCAAGAAGAGCCAACCGGCACCCGGGGAGAAGUUGGCAAAGAAAGUGGCAUUCGUAUUCUACACACUCACUUUAUUUACGUUCCUUGGUGCUAGCAUAUCCUUCUUAUACAUAUACUGAUCAGAAGAGAUGGACAUAUGAACUUUAAUGCACUUUGCAUGUAUGCAACUGGGGCCAUGCCUACUUUGAGAGAUUGCUGGUGUCUCUGGUCACUGGUAAAACUGACACACACAUAAAUUUGCUCAGUUUCUGUCAGGGCAGUGUAAAUAAUCAUUUGACUAGUUUCAAUAUUUUUAGCGUUUAGAUAGUUCUUGAAGUACUCGAAAGCCCUUGGCUUUAAAGGUGACUACCCAAAUGUGUUACCAAACUUUAAAAAGCUAGGUUUCUCAUAAGUGGAAAUGAAUUUCGCGACAAAGAACUUCCAGAACAAAGUUCCGACUGUUCUGUACACGAGAAACAAUUCACACUAAAUAGCGAAAUGGGUUGCGAAAUUACACAUAACUACAUAUGCCUUACAUGUAGGCCUAUACGAGCGUUUUGCCGCUCGUUGAGAUCAUUUACACCUUACCGUAAUCCAUGACAUCUUCAUGUUUUAUACGUAUUGUCAAGCAUGAACUUAAAUUAGAUUUUGGCUGCAAAUGCAAUAUUUAGUCCAUCGCCAAUUGAAAAUGAGCAGAUUUGCCAACAUUAGCAGAUCCGCUUUUUGCAUGCAUUGUUUACAUAUUAUUGAAAUACAAAUGAUAAUUCAAUAGCAUACUCAUCUUUACAUGCUUUAACUUUACAAAACUGAAUAAAUGAUGAUAAAAUAACAGAAUAACAGCCUUAUUUUCUUCCUUCUUCAAUGUUUAUGCCUACAUGUACUCAGACGAUAACAUGAACUCUCUUUUGGACCACUGCUCCGAUUUUCAGAGGCCCUGUACGCCGUACUAUUUAUAGACACAAGGACAUAUAUUCUUGUCAUCAUUUGUAAAUGUAACCAAUCAAUCAAUCAAUGUUGGCAUUUGUAGAGCGCUCCAAUUACUUGGCGAGUAGGUAUUCUGUAGCGCUUUUUUCCCCAAAGGCAACUGCAAAAAAGUGGGCCUUUAGGAGGGCCUUGGGACUUGAAAGUCUGGAGGGAAUCAAUGUUACGGAGCUUUUGCGGCAGCUGGUUCAACAGUUUUGGAGCAGCUACCGCAAAGGAACGACCACCAAGAGUCUGGCAC